AGAAAACAAGAAAUGUGGCUCUCAGCCAAAACAAUGCCUUCGUACGAAGCCAUUCUCUCAGCAACUGCCUCCCUCACCGCUUCAGCCAUUCUCUUACGAACCAUCGCCGGUGAUCUCAUCCCAGAAACCAUCAAAGAUAGUUUCUUUUUACAUCUUCAAAAGAUUCCGUCCUCUUUAUCUUCUCAGCUCACGGUUGUCAUCGAAGAAUCCGACGGUCUCACGGCCAAUCAAAUCUUCCACGCCGCCAAUCUUUACUUGGGCGAAAAGCUUUCAUCUUCGACGCGGAGGAUCAAAGUUAACAAGCCCGAAAAAGAGAGCGGACUGCAAGUGAUCACCGACAAGAAUCAAGAACUGCUCGAUGUUUUCAAAGGCGUGAAGAUGAAGUGGGUGUUGUUGUCUUCUUCAAGGAUUCAUGGGUCAAUCAAAAACAACACAAAAGAUGGGAUCUUGAAGGUGGACAUAUGCUACUUCGAGCUGAGCUUUCAAAAGAGAAACAGAGAAAUGGUUUUGAGUUCAUACUUACCUUACGUUCUUCAAAAGGCAAAAGAGAUUAAAGAAAAGAAGAAGACAUUGAAGCUUCAUACGGUUGAGUAUCAGGGUAUAGAUUAUUGGGGUUCCAUCAAUCUUGAUCAUCCAGCAAGCUUCGAGACAAUGGCAAUGGAUCCGACGAUGAAGACUGCACUGAUUGAAGAUCUUGAUAGGUUUACGAGAAGACGAGAGUUUUAUAGGAGAGUAGGGAAGGCUUGGAAACGUGGGUAUUUGCUAUAUGGACCACCUGGUACAGGGAAGUCGAGCUUGGUUGCUGCCAUGGCUAAUUAUCUGAGGUUUGAUGUUUAUGAUUUGGAUAUAAAGGAAGUUCAAUGCGAUUCGGAUUUGAGAAGAUUGUUGAUCGGUACAGGUAAUCGAUCUAUAAUAGUCAUUGAAGACAUUGAUACAUCACUAGAUUCUGCUGAAGAUGAAAAGGUACAGGUUACUUUAUCUGGUCUGCUGAACUUCAUUGAUGGAUUGUGGUCAAGUUGUGGGGAUGAGAGGAUAAUAGUGUUCACAACCAAUCACAAGGACCGUAUUGAUCCAGUGCUGCUAAGACCUGGACGCAUGGAUAUGCAUCUUCACAUGUCUUAUUGCACAUUUAGUGGUUUCAAAACACUGGCUUCUAACUAUUUGGGAAUCCAAGACCAUCAAUUUUUUGAUGAAAUCAAAGGUUGGUUAGACAAGAUUGAAGCAACACCAGCUGAGGUUGCAGGAGAGCUUAUGAAAUAUGAAGAUCCAGAUAUUGCUCUUCCGGGACUUAUCAAAUGGUUUCAUAACAAGGCAACACUGAGAUGCAGCAGAGAAGUUUAAACAUCCAAAAUGUUUAUGACCUGCUUGUGUUGUAAUAUGUGUUAUUGAC